GCAGCUACUCACUCGUUCAUCUUGACUCAGUCACCGGGACUCACACACGUCUCAGUCAGCGGUUCUGUAGAAUUAAGAUGUAUAUUUGAGCAGACCGUUAGCUACUGCUUUAAUGCUGCUGCAUGGGAAAAGUUGAAUCUACGGACUGGAAAACUCACGACUGUGAAUACUAACCAUGAGAAUAAAGUUCGACAACAUGAUGAUAAAACAUGCGUUUUGACUCUUAAUAACUUAAUCCUGAAAGAUUCAGGCAUGUACUAUUGUAUUAGCCAUUAUAACCAAAUGGCUGUGAUCGGCAAUGGGAGCAGGGUGAUCGUAUCAGAUCGUUCUGUAACAAAACUAUCCAUCUUAUACACACCACAAGAACCUGACUCACCAUCGGUUUCACUGCAGUGUCUCGUGACUGGACUUGUCCCGUCUCAGGUGCGUGUGUUCUGGAAGAUUGGACAGAAUGAGCGUGCUGGAUGGACCGAGUCCGGCUGGACAGACGACACUUAUUCAGCCACAGAAUUCACACGGGCUCAUCUCUCUGUUCCUGCAGAGGAGUGGAAUAAAGCCGGUGAAAUUCAGUGCUUUGCUAAUUAUGAUGGCAAGAGCAUCUCCAAAACUCUGACGCGAAGCG